ACAUGACAUCAAGAGGAGACAGUAUAAUGUUUUGUCAGGUCCGUGGAAUCGUAUAUUGACUCCUGUUGAAAAUAGAAAUUAUGUCAACUUUGCUGAGAUGUAUUUUUAGCAGAGGUUAAUAUAACAUACCACGAACCUAGUGAAAUGUCAUAUUGACCUCCCGAUGAUGUAAUGAGAUAUUUUAAAGAAACUUUAUUUAUCUAUUUAUUAAUUUAUUAAUUUAUUUUGCUUUUAAGUUAAUCUAAAUCAUAUAACAUAAAAAAAAAUGCAGACUUUAUUUCAGGCCCUCAGCCAAAGUCUAUAUUUUUAUGAUAUCUACCGACAUAUUGUUGUUCGUAUGUAUGAUAAUAUAUGCAUUUGUCAUAAUGUUAAAAGAAUUGUAUUUUAUCAAACCUCAGCAAAUUUGUAAUGAUAUAUUCCCCUUUGAAAAUAACCAGAUCAACGUCAGCACAUGAACAGUUAGGUGUUACAAGCACUAUUAAUUUCGUUAUAGAUUCAUAACCCACUUAGAUUCACCCCCGUACAACACAUAUGUAGUUCCGGCUGAUACCAAAGAAAGCAAUUUAGCAAUUAACACGAGUCACCGGAUCACCUUAAUAACAUUACACGUUCCUGUCAAAUAUGGAAUACCGAAAUACUGGUAUUUACAUGUAAUCGGAUGUUCGUACCAAUACACAAAAACUGAAAAUUAUUCUAUAUGCUAUGGUACAAAUGCUUAAAACACUUAAGAGUGUUCAAAUAAUGAACACUUUAUUGCGACAAUGGUUUCGUCGUACACUAGCGAAAAUUAUGAAAUAUUCUCUCUUAAAAAAUAAUAUAGAAUUAGUUCUUACAAUGGUAACAUCAGAUUAAUGUUUAUAUAAUUUUGUUUAACGACCUAUUAACAGCCAGGGUCAUUUCAAGGACGUGUCAGGUUUUGGAGGUGGAGGAAAGCCGGAGUUCUCAGAGAAAAAAAAACACCGGCCUUCGGUCAGUACCAGGCAACUGCCCAACGUUGGUUUCAAGCUCUCAAUCCAGAAAUGGAGGUCUAGUGAUAAAGUGACGGGACACAUUAACUACUUGGCAACCGCAGCCCCAAACGCAAGGAUUAAGACUUCGUUAAUUGCAUACCAUACAAAGUCUAUUUCGUAUGUAUUAUGAUCAAACAUUUAUCAUUUUUAUAACGUGAACUGUUCGUCAGUGUCCGAAUAUGAAUCUCAGUGUACACAGCUGUAAUGGUUCGGUUUUUCCACAUAAGUGAAUUUCACCAAUCAGACAAUUGUGUGAACGUGACAUGUCAAAUUUUCUGCACUUCACUUGCUGCAGGAAGGAUGUUAAGAUGUGAAUCUCUUCCGGAUCUUUGAAACAUUUUAGCGUUGUGUAUCUGUGCAUAAAUUACACGGAAAAGGUCACAAAAUGUUACAAUUGUUAAAUUGUAUGUUACCAGGGACAUAAGCAAACAUAACAUGCAGCCAACCAUAGUUUGUGUAAUUCAUCAAAUUACGCUGCGCAUGCGUAAAGGAUGUUUAAGUAUUUCUUAUAAAAUGUCUGUCUUUCUAAUAUGACGUAUCGAGAUUGUAUAUCAUUAGAGCUCGUAGAAUGCCAAGGAUAACAUCGUGUAGAAUGAUUUUAUCAUCCCUGUUGGUUAUGAUGUCGGCUGCCUUUGAAACUAUUAAUUCUACGAGCGUAUUGCAGAAUAAUUCUGAAUUUUCAUCGAAUAUAAUGAGCAAUACCAACAUUACUGGAGAUAUAACAACGCUCCCGGGAACUCAGCCCAGGGAACUGCUGAACGAUUCUCUACCACAGGAAUGGUCAACAAUCUGCAGCAUUCAGCUAAGAUUAGAAUGUCUUCAUCCGUCAACCAAACAAGUUAUUGUAGAUACUCUGAAAAUAGCCCAGCCGACCUGUGUGUCGUGUUCUGUCGGUCCUGGGGAGUCCUUGAGAUUCGAAGACUUAAGAAAGUUUCUACAAAACCCUUUUGUGAGGAGAUCUUAUGCUGUAACGAUUCGUUGUCAAGAUGGAGGAAAUAUAACGCUGCCUUAUCCAAUGCGAGCAAACGGACUCAAGUACAUCCAUGUCCAAAACUGUUUGAUUCAUGACGCUAUGGCUGAUUAUUUCAAUGAUGAUAUCAAAUUCAUUCCAGACACUCUGGUGUAUUACGCAAUUAUAGACUCGGUGUUUUACGUAGAUUCAACUGAUUUUGCACUCACCAUUAAGAACAUGCAAUAUAUAACCAAGGCCGCAAAAUGCGGUCCCGAGAAGGCACUCAUGAUAGCGAUAAGUAGGAAUAUUUCUUAUGUAUUCAGCAAGGUUGUUUUUCCGGAAGUGGAGCCUAUGAAGCGCGAGGAGACUCCUGUUGCAGCACGUGCGUUUUAUCGUGGUGUGUCACGUGCAGCUUUCACGUGCAAUUAUACAAAACUUAUCGAGCUUGACCGAAGUAUAGCCAUGCACCUUGGUUCGAAGCACGACAGUGUUCUUUUGCAGAAUUCCGAUUUUCCAGCACUUCUUGUUUUUAAUUUGUCAUAUGCAUUGUUACGUGAAUUACCCGGAAAACUCGACGACUGGAGAUUGUAUUUCCCGCGCUUGAAACUCUUGGACCUAACACAUAAUAGAAUAAGUGAUUUCAGAAGUGUGCUGGAUUACGGGACGAAGUCUGAAGACCCCAGCAUGGGCGUUAUAGAUCUUCGCUACAACAAUAUAACUACAAUAACACUUAAACAACUUCGUACAUUACAACACCACAAAUAUGUUCAAAGUUGACAUUCGAAAUAAUCCAUUUAU